AUGCAGUGGGGAAUGGAUACGCGCGGCUCGCUUGCACUCCGUGGAGAACUCCACGAAUUGCGCGAAGAACUUUUGGAAUCAUCAAAGGAGAGCAAAAAUGAGGUGAUCAAAAAGAUUAUCAGCGCAAUGGCUAUGGGAAAAGACGUUUCUCCCCUAUUCCCUGACAUUGUAAACUGUAUGCAGACCAAUAACAUUGAACUAAAGAAAUUAGUUUACCUAUACGUUAAUAAUUAUGCCAAGUUACAACCUGAAUUGGCUAUUUUGGCAGUAAACACGUUUUGUAGAGAUUCCAGGGACCGAAAUCCGCUCAUCAGAGCCCUGGCCAUACGUACUAUGGGAUCAAUUCACCUUACCGCCAUAACAGAGUACCUAGUUGAGCCUCUGAAAAGAUGUGUAAAAGACACCGAUUCCUAUGUACGUAAAACUGCAGUUAUGUGUAUAUCCAAACUUUACGAUAUAUCUCCAACACUUGCCAUUGAAGAAGGAUUUGUUGACAUACUUAAGGAGAUGUUAUUUGACACAAAUUCCAUGGUUGUGUCCAAUGCAGUGGCUGCGAUUGUCGAGAUAUCAGAUAUUUCACACAAUAAUUACUUUUCCGAAGUGUUGGAAAGGGAUAGAAGUUUCAUAGACCGUCUCCUUUCCGCACUAAAUGAUUGCAUGGAAUGGGGACAGAUAGGUAUUCUUGACGCUUUAUCGCUAUACAAACCCAAUUCUAGUCAGUCAGCACAAGAAUUGGCUGAGAAAAUCCUUCCUAGAUUAUCCCAUGCCAAUCCAGCAGUGGUGUUAUCAUCUAUUAAGGUUGUGCUUAAAAUGAUCCGUUUCAUUAACGACAAAAAAGUGGUCAGCACUUUGGAAAAGAAAUUGGUACCUCCCCUAAUAACAAUGCUUUAUACCGAACCUGAAAUUCAGUAUGUCGCCCUAAGGAACAUUAACAUUAUUGUACAAAAAUACCCAUCGCUCUUGGCGAACCACAUAAAAAUUUUCUUCUGCAAAUACAAUGAUCCAAUAUACCUCAAGAUGGAGAAGGUGGAGAUUAUUGAAAAAUUAGUGACUAUUAACAACUUUAACGAUGUGUUUUUGGAACUCAAAGAGUAUGCAACAGAAAUUGACGUGGAUUUUGUCAGGCGUUCCAUACGUGCAAUUGGAAAUGUAGCCAUUUUAUUAGAUCAAGCCCUAAAAGCAUGUCUUUCACUCCUUGAGGAAUUGUUAAAAACAGGUGUAUCACAUGUAGUGGAGGAGGCAGUUGUUGUUGUCAAGACUAUUUUCCAUCACUAUCCUAAUAGUUUCAAUUUGCCAUUAUUUAAGCUAUGUACGUUGUUAGAUUUUGCCGGAUCUGCUGAAGCCAAAUGCGCGUUGAUUUGGAUUAUUGGGGAGUAUGAGAAUAAAAUUGACAACGCCUCUGAUUAUUUGACAUUCUUUAUCGAAAAUUAUGAUCAAGAACUGCCAAGUGUCCAGCUAGCAUUAUUGACUGCAUGUGUAAAAAUGUAUUUAUCAUCAUCAAAAAAGGAACCUGCGAAAUCAUUAUUCAAGUUGAUUGAAAAUUUAUUGGAAAGUAAUAAUCCAGAUGUGAGAGAUAGGGCACAGAUUUAUCAUCGUAUGGUUACUAUCAAUCCUGAGCUAUCGAAGAAGAUUGUAUGCGCCCCAAAACCAAAGGUACUUCAGCCUUUCAAAUGUUCAGAAGUGCUUGAUAUAUUGAUUGAUAAUUUAUCAAUGGUUUCAAGCGUUUUUCACCUUCCUCCUUCGGCAAUAAUUUCUAAAAAGGAGAUGGAGAAGGUUAAAACGUAUAGUAAUAAUGGUUAUAGUGAUGAUAACUUUGAUGGUAAAUCUUGCUAUUCAAAUGAAUCGAAUGAGGGCAAACAGAUGAUAGAUACCGACUCUUCUGUAUCCCAAUCUGACUCUGAUGUAAGCAUGUUUGAUAAGUCAUCUCCCAGAUUUGACAGCAAGUCCCAGCAAUUGUAUUCGUUGGUUUUUGGUUUGUCUCAAUCCGGUUCCCAAGGAAGUAGGGGUGUGGAGAUUUAUGCAAAGUUUUCAAACAAUCCGUUAACACUGGAUCUACAGGGCGUAAAUAAGACUGUAGUAUGUGGAGCACCAACUAACAUAACAUUUGAGGCUAUCCAAUUUAACAAGAAUCCAUUCGGAAUUGGUCCAAUAUCGGGAGUUAUAGAUCCAAUUGUUCAAAUACCACCUGGCCAAACUAAGACAUUCCAAGUGCCUUUGAAACCUAAUAUCGGUAAUUUACAGAGCGGUUCUGAGCCAAAAAUGCCUCUAGCAUUUCAAAUAGCAAUUAAAUCUAAUGUGGAUAUAUACUAUUUUUCAGUGAACCUACCCUUGAAUAUAUCAUUUGUGAAACAUCUAUCAAUGAUUGACAAAAGCAGUUUCAAGAAGAGUUGGAAGAACUCUGAACUUAAGAAGGUAUCAUUCGCAGGAUUUUCUAAUGAAUAUAUCUUUCAAAAAGUUGCUGGAAUACUUGCUCACCAUGGGAUAGAAGUGGUAAUUAAGAAAUCUACCUCGUUGUAUGGAUUAGCACAAACAUGUACGGGAGUGUUCAUCUAUGUGAAAGUACAUUUGCCAUCUUCAAAUAAUCCUUCAAAAUACAACUUUUUAGUGAAAUCUACGUCGAUUUCGUUGAUUGACUGCUUUAAACAAUUGAUGAUUGAUACAUUGGCAUUGUCUACUUAG